AUGACAAACUCCUUGAUCCGCCAAGCCAAAAAGACUUUAGGCCCAAAAGUCAUCGCUUGGGUCAAGAAGAACGCACCGGGCUAUAUCAAGAAAUUCAAGGCCAAGAGGGCUGCUAAGAAGGGAAAGGUGGCUACCAAGGCUCCUGUUGCCCAGGAGGGAGUCCAAGAAGCGGAAGCUGCGCCGGUUGCGCCGGUCGCAACUGUUGUGCGUGAGGAAGGCUUGAAUGAGGACGCAACUCCGGCCCCUGUUGCGCAAGAGGCUGGUUUGAAUGCAAAUUCGCCGGCCGUUACGUCUGUGGCUGUGUAG